AUGCCCCACAGCGCCCAACGUUCUAUAUUUUACUUGGGUGUUUUGGCACAACUCAUCAGCCGUGCGACAGCAGCGGAUUGUUCGCAGCAACGAAAAGAAGGCGAUCCUACCAGCGCCGAGAUCGCAGAUGCAUUGACAAAGAACAACGCGUUAUCAAACAUAUGCUCAGGAAACUUCUCACCGCAAAGUACAACAGAUAAUACAUGGAACUACUGGUACAUGAACUACAUCGUCCACCGAGACGACAGCAAUAAACCUCUUGAGAACUGUAACGAUGCGUUCCAGAACAUCAUCGACCAGUGCAUUUACGGUGGAAAUUACUGGGGCGGAGAGUGGUCGUUGAAUGGCUUCAAAUAUUCGAUCACGAACUCUAUAUACGACCAAACGCCGAAUAACCCACUGGCACCGGGCGAUGCGGGUGGCCCGUCAGCAACAUCAUCAUCUUCUGAAGCUGCGGCUCCUCCGGCAGGCGCUACAGUUGUUACCGAGACAGUGGACGGGAACACUGUACCCGUGACAUUCGUUCCAACAACGUUCUCAGAUUACGCUACACUUACCAGCACCACAACAAUAACUACAACGACUAGUGACUACUCUGGUAAUGUUGUGGUUAUUCCUUGGAUUGUGGGACCUGGAGGUAUUGCUUUCGUGCCUGUUGGAGGCGUUCCCUUGCCUCCAGGCAUCACGCCUCCCCCAGUCGCACCCACCGACCCAAAUAACCCCGCAGAUACCGAAGACACCCCCACAACAAACGACCAGCCAUCCUCCUCUUCUUCAGCAUGCACAAGGAGCCUCUCUUUCGCCGCCGCAGCUGGCACACCCCGCGAGGGUCUCCAGAUCCCAAUCUGGGUGCAAACAGGCCGCACACCCACAUCGUCAUCUUCCUCUUCCUCAUCCAAGAAACCUAACAUUCAGACCGUCACGGUUGACUGCAACGUCUGUACGUUGAUUGAGGGGAGUUUGCAUCCGGUGUGUACGCCGAUACCGGGAUGUACGUUAACGCCAUCAACGUCAGCAUCAUCGGAUCCGCCAGCACAGACACCGUACCCGGCUUGUCCUGGAGUGGACCUUGGGGGGUUUAGUUGUGGGGGCCAGUGUAGGGGUUGGGUGCCUUGUCCGGAUUGGUGCAUCGAUAAUUGCGCGGACUGCUUCAAUGCUCAUAAUGUGUGUUGA